GUCAUGAGGGGCAGACACUGGCUUCCCUCCUCCUGCUCUGACAGCCAUCCUGUGAGAUGGUCCGGGGUUGUCUGAGCUGUGAUUAGAUCUCCCUCGUGUCAUCCCAGUGCCUGUUCCAGGACCACGGAGUAUGCGGAUGGGGGUUUCUACACUGCCUGGCCCAGUUUCUGUUGUCAAGGACGUGGGUAGCCCAGAGGAGACAGAGGCCAGUGGUGCCCAGGCUUUCGUGGCAACUGCCUGGACACAUGCUAAGAACAGAGGUGCCAGGUGCCAGGUGUUGGGCGGCACGCCACCCUGCCCAGCUCACUUUGUAGAGACAGAAGCAUUCUCUGUGGGAAGAGUUCUCGGAGGAGAAGCAGGGACCAUCCCCCCAGGUGGCCCUGCAUAGGUCUCCGCUGCUCCCACAGGGUGGGUCCUGGCCCUGGUAGCUCUCAGCUGUCCCUGCUCUGGGGCCUAUUGAGCUUGGAGCCACCCCACCCUGUGCUCUCGAACCAUCUGGGAUGGUCUGGCCCAGCUGGCCCAAUUCUGCAUAGACGGAGGGCUCCUUCCACUGGGGCCUGGGUUAGCUCUUCAGCUUGAAGUGGCUGCUGUGCCUCAGGCCCCCCGACCUGAUGCUCGCUCUGAUCCUUUCACUACACACCCUGACCGUGGGCUGUUGUCCGGCUUCUCCCCCGUCUCCACCCAAUCACUGUGCAGGAGGGGACAGACGCUGGGGGUGGGGGGGGUAAACUCGCUACAGCCUCCCAUGCUGUGGCUGGUGCUGCUAGGUGACGCUGCUUGCUAGGAAAGGGUGCAGUCUUCCUGAGCAUGGAUCUUAACGGGUCAGUCCUGUGGGUACAUGGCUAGGCUGCUGGGGUGUUGGGGUGGUGUCUGCCCCCUGCGUGUGUGCAGGCUCCUUCAAGGUUUACGUGCUGUGGUCUGUGCUGCUUUUUUGCCUCCUUAUCACCCAUCAGGCUUGCAUAACCAGGCUGGCCCUGCUUCCUGCUUAGGAACUAUCAGUGCACCAUCUGGAGCUACAAAUAGGGUGAUAGGAAGUCAACAGCCUCCCAGCACCCAGGCACUUGUGAACACCCAGUCCCUUCGUCUCCAGCUUACCCCUGGUCCCCCCAGGGAUCCUGUUGCUCAGGCUGGCACUCCUCUCUUGGGGUGCUCUCCUUCUCAUGACCGGCACCUUCUAAACGGGGAUGCGAUCGACAGAGCUUAGGGAGUGCAGUUUUGUCAAAAGGACACGCCACUGCGAUCCUCCUACCUAAUCCUGGGUCAGAACAUUGGGAUGGGUCUUUGUUUAAGGAGACAGGAUGUGUGGACGUUGGCUGUGUGACCCUGGGCAAGGCAUUUCCCCUCCUUGGGACUCAGCUUGCUUGUCUGUGUGUAGGGACGGUCUUUCUACCUCACAGGGCUGCUGUGGGAAUUCAAGUGUAUGAGGCAAGCUACGCAGUCGGCCUUGCGCGACAGGACCUGGGCCCAGCAACAGGGGGCUGUAUUGGCAGAGGAUGCCUGUCCCAGAGAAGAAACGUGUAGGCAGACUCAGACACAUAGCUGGUUCAGAGUCCAGAACCCACCAGAAGAUCUGGGUUGGAGGCCACCAUGCUAUAUGCUGUAGCCACGAAUCUUUGGUCUGGCCAGUGUAUCUUUCUGAGCUUCAGUUUCUUAUGGGAGCAGCUCAGGCAGUGGUGUCCAAUCCCUGUCAUGGGACAUGGUGAGGGUAUUGGUGGUGACCCACUCAGAGCUGUCAGGAGCACACUCCAUAGGGAGUGGACCUCAUGGGGAGCAUGCCUCACAGGGGGAGCCCUCACGGUGAGCACCUAUCAGGGGGGUUCUCCCCACAGAGAGCAGCCCUCAUGGUGAGUGUCCCCAGGGGGGUGCUCUCAGCCCAGUUCCUUGCAGGAUGGACCUUGGAGACUGAGGCCCUGAUGCGGGAGUUGAGUACCUGGCUCCUGAUCUGCACGUGCAUCAGCCCUUGGGUUGGCUUGGGAGUCUCCAUCCACGGGGAAGGAGGAGGGCUCGGGGCUGGAUCUUUCAUCUGCCUCAACAACAACAUCCUAAGGAUCGACUGCCACUGGUCGGCUGUAGAGCUGGGUCAGGGCCCUAGUCCCUGGCUCCUCUUUACCAGCAACCACGCCGUGGGCAGCAAUCACAGAUGUGUCUUCCGGGCCAGCGAGUGCACUCUGGUGCUGCCGCCUGAGGAGGUGCUUGUGCCUUCUGACAACUUCACCAUCACUUUCCACCGUUACGUCUCUGGGAAGGAGCAGGUCAGCCUGGUGGACCCACAGUACCUGCCCCGGAGACAUGUGAAGCUGGACCCUCCCUCUGACUUGCAGAGCAAUGUCAGCUCUGACUACUGUGUCCUGACCUGGAGCGUCAGUCCUGCUUUGGAGCCUCUGAUCUCCAUGCUCAGCUAUGAGCUGGCCUUCAAGAGGCAGGGGGAGACCUGGGAGCAGGCCCAGCACAGGGAUCACAUUUUUGGGGUGACCUGGCUCAGGCUUGAAGCCAUCGAGUUGGACCCUGGUUCCAGCUACGAGGCCAGGCUGCGCGUCCAGAUGGCCUCGCCGGAGGAUGACCUGGCGGAGGAACAGCACUAUGCGGGCCAGUGGAGUGACUGGAGCCAGCCUGUGUGCUUUCCCUCUCCCCAGACCUCUGCCCGAGGCCCCCUGUUUUCACCUCGGGGGCAGCCUGACGGCACCCUUGUCGCUGUACCUGUCUUUCUGCUACUGACCAGCCUGACCUGCCUCCUGUUCAAGCUUUCACCCAGGGUGAAGAGAAGCUUCUACCAGAACGUGCCGUCUCCAGUGGCCUUCUUCCAGUCCCUGUACAGUGUGCACAAUGGGGACUUCCAGACCUGGAUAGGGGCCCACAGAACCGGUCUGCUGCCGAGCCAGGACUGUGUCGGUUCCCCGAGAAGAGCCUCGGAGUCUAGUGUCCAGGAGGCCAUUGCGUGGCUGACCUAUGGCCCAGUGGAUCCCUGGCAGUCAGUGGUCCUGGAGGAAGAGGAGAAAGGCCCACGUCCUGGCCUCCCAGAGGCUGUGUUGUUAGCAGGUCGUGUGGCACAGGGAGAGCAGCCACCUGCCUACCUGCCACAGGAGGACUGGGUCCCUGGGAGCCCCACCAGGCCAGCUCUCCCACAGGCAGAGGGCAGCAGUGGUGACUACUGUGCCUUGGGCUGUCCCGGGGCGUGCCACCCCUCGACCUUCCCAGGACGCAUGCAGAGCUCUGGGCCCAGCCUGGCUUUGGCCUGUGGCCUUUCCUGUGUCCAGCAGAGCCUGGAUGCCACGCAAGGAGGGACCUGUGUGGGAGUUGGUCACAGAGAGGAGCAAGACCCUGGUGAACGUGUCGCAUGAGGCCCUCAGGGCACUUUCUUCGCUCCUACCCUUGGCAGACGCUGGCUUUGAUUUAGAACCCUGACGGGGCCAGCUGCAUAAUGUCCAUCAUGUGGAAAACGGACUAAAGUCUCUGCGAAUGAAGCCCCUGCACAGAUACCCUGUCCAGAUGGAGGCCGAAAACCCCUCCUCUCUCCCCUCCCCUCAGCAUCCUACCACGCAGCUCCCACUCCCGGGCUCGCCACUUCCCUCCCUGCUUUCGGGCUCCACCCUGGUCCCUCACAGAAGUGGGGGUGUUGGCUCCACAGCCUGUUCUGCCCUCACUCCCUUAAAGGGCCAGCCGGCACCCACCAGACACAGUUGAGGUGCUGUGACCAGGCGGAGUGUUGUCUUUCUGUGCCUCCCUGAGGUACCUCUGCUACUGAGAUUAAAAGGGAUUCAGUGGUUGUUUCAAACUGCUGCUGACUGGGAGAGGGGCCCACAGGAAGUACAGGGGGUGGGGGUCUGUCUAUUCUCGGGUUUUCUGGGGUUGGAGAUGCUGACAUUUUGAAGUUAGCAUCCAAAUGGAGACCUGUCCCUCUCUGGGUGGCCAACCAGAGAGGGCACCUCUGCAUGAGUCUCUGGUGUCCCCUGAGGCCUGUACAGAAAAACAAAAAACAAAAAACAAAACACACUUGUGGACCCAGGCUCCCAAAGGCAAAGGCUUCCUCUGCCUCAGACAGGCAUCCCCCUCCCCUCUGCGUGCCUGCGGAGGCCCCUGGGGUUUUGUGGGGAGCCUCAGCUGAGCCAGAUCAUGGUCAGAAGGGGUGAGGCAGGACCCAGAAUGUAUUUUUAGCGUGUAGAGAGAGGAGGGGUGUGGACGGAAGUGAGGUGUAGGCAUGUUCAGCUCUAACCAAGGAUAGAAAAAAUAGCAUGAGUCACCCUCCCCUUGGGGAGCCCUGGCCUGGGGUAUUAUUAUAGCAGCAUCUGCGUGGCUUCUGUGGCUUCACAGGGAACCUGGGCCACCUGCAUAUGACGAGUGACCCCCACAGCGGGGAUGCCUCUUGUGCGUGGCCGGAGACAUUGUUCCUGUGAGUCACACAUCUUCUCUCGGUGGCGCCCGGAGACCUGGCUUGGGAGUGUGCAGCCUUAGAGGCUGUGUGAUGGUACGUGAGACACUCCUGCCCCUUCAGCCUGUGGGACUAACAGUACCUCGUAAGUGUUGCUGUGAGUUCACCUGAGCAAGCUGCCUGCAUAUCUUGGUGCCCAGAAAACGCGUUUCCCUUUAUUGUGAUGAGAUGACCCUUGGACGCUUGUGCUGUGAUCCGGUUUCCAGCAGAGCAAGGUGUGAAGACCUUGGGAUGAGGAAGUCGCCGAGCGCUGGGCACUGAAGGAGUCAGAGAGCAGGCGGCUGGCAACUGGAACCCUCACACAGCUGGUGGUUUGAGGGAUUGGCCGCACGGCAUGGGCUGGAGCUCAGAUGUCCAAAAUUUGGCCGGCUGGGCUGGAGAGGGUCUGGAAAGCCAGGCUGAGAGCAGUGAGGGAAGGGGACUCUCCCUGGUGAGGGAGGAUGCACAGUGGCUUCCCUUUCUUUCUUUCUUUCUUUCUUUCUUUCUUUCUUUUUAAAAGAUUUUUUAUUUUUAAGUAAUCUCUGCACCCAACGUAGGGCUAGAACCCAUAACUCCAAGAUCAAGAUUCGCAUGCUCCAGAGACUGAGCCAGCCAGGUGGCCCUCUUUCUUUAAUUUUCAAUGUGGUGAAAUUCACAUAAUCUAAACAUAACUCUUCUAAAGUGUUCAAUUCAGUGACUGUUAGUACAUGCAUAAUAUUGUCCAACUGUCAUCACUCUCAAAGGAAAUCCCCUUCCCAUUAAGCGGUCCCCCCGCAGCCCCCACACUGUGCCCUGUGCAGCUCUUUGCCUGCUUCCCAUCUCUGUGGCUUUGCCUAUUCUGGACACUUUGUAUAAAUAGAGUCAUAUAAUAUGUGACUUUCUGCACAGUUUUCCCUCAGCAUAGUGUUUUUGAGGUUUAUCCACUUUAGAGAAUGGGCACCUCAGUCUUUAUUGUGGCCAAAUAUUACUCCAUUGUGUGGGUAGACCACAUGUAGUUCAUUCAUCCUUCUGGAGGGCAUUUGGGUGGUUUCCACUCUUUCACUGUCGUGAACAGUACUGCUGUGAACAUCCGUGUACAAGUUUUUGUUCCUAUACCCGUUGUCUAUGUUUUUGUGUAUAUUUCUUGGAGUGGCAUUGCUAGAUCAUGUUAACUAUGUUUAGACUUUUUGAGGAAUCACUGAACCGUUCUCCACAGUGACUUCAACAUUUACAUCGGUAAUGUACUCCAGUUCCAAUUUCUGCAUAUCCUCACCAACUCUUGGUAGUGUCCUUUUUUUUUUUUUUUUUUAAGUCGCUCUUCUGAUGGGUACAAAGUGGUACCUCUGCGUGAUUUUGACUUGCAUUUCCCUGAUGGCUGGUGAUGUUGAGUAUCUUUUCAUGUGCUACUUGUGUAUUUUCUUUGGAGACAAGCUUGUUCAAGUCCUUUGCCUAUUUUUUAAUCGGGUUGGUUGUCCCUGUGCUGUUGUAGGAGCUCUUUCUUUAUUCUGGACACUAAACUCAUAUCAGAUAUUCCAUUUGCAAAUAUUUUCUUACAUUCUGCAUGUUAUUUGGUGUCAUACACAAUAGAUUAUUGCCUAAUACAACCCCAAUAAACACAUAAAAUUAUGCUUAACAUGUUUAGACAUCAGAAAAAUGAAAAUGAAAACCACACUGAGUUGCCACUUCAUACCCAUUAGAAUGGCUGUUAUCUAAAAAUUGGAAGCUAGUUUCGGUGAGGAUGUGAAGAAGUGAGAACUGUCGUGCAUUGCCGAUGGAAAUGAAAAAUGAUAGUGGUGAUGGUUAUACACCAUUAUGAAUAUUCAUUUAAAAAUGGUGAAAAUUGGCCACCCGGGUGAUUCAGUCGGUUAAAUACCUGACUCUUGAUUUC